AUGCAUGUCCUCGGCUCGACCAACGCUCGCGAACCUCCGACGUCUUUCAACCCUUCCCACCUAGAUGUGACUACAAUUUCAUCCCCGAAAGCUCCUCUCAUCUUUUGCCCACCAGAGGCAAAUCUGUCUGUGCAGGUUGUCAUGUACCACCGCCCGCACCCAACGCGCAUGGAAUACAUGUCGCUCGAUCCGAUUGCACUGGCCUUGGGUGAUAAAGCGACCAAGACGGAAGUAUGGGGCCCAUCAUCGGAUAAGAUCGAAUCAGAAGAAGGGGUGGACAAAGCUGGGGCUAAGUUAUUGGUUGAGAAGCUCAAGCUUCAUACUGUCGUCAAGCACAUCCCAUCACAGAAGGAGCAAGCCCUCCCGCUCAUUAUCAACCAGGUUAAUUGUGCAUAUGAGAUGGGGCAACUCAUGCACAAGAACAGUCACUUGAUUGGGAUUCGUGCGAAGAGAAGUAUGAGCGUCGGAGAACGUGUCGUGGAAUCAGCGACAACCUUAUGGGGAUUUGUUGUUCUCUGUACUGCUCACGUUUUCUGGCAAUGGCUUUGGCCCGUCGUCACCCGUAUAUUUGUCUUCGGGCUUGUAUGCCACCGGUCUGUUGCGGAAAUUGUCCUGCAGGUUCUCGAGUGGCGUGCUCGGCCUGACGCUGCUGCUAUCAAGGAUAUCUCAGCAACAGCUCAGCAGGUUGAUAUAAGGUUGCAGCAGUUUUGUUAUUGGCCGAUUCAAUAUGUCAAGCUUCGGCAAAGAAAGGAUAACUGGGAAAGUGUCACAACCAGCCAUCCAGACUACAUUCGUUUCUAUAACAGUCUGUGGCUUGUGGCCAAUGAUGUGAUCAUUGGGAUUGCGCUGGGGUCCUACAUUAUUGACAAUGCGAAUUGGGUCGCUUCACAAAUCAACACUGUCUUGACCGGCUGGACAGUGGAGGGGUUACAGCGCACCAUUUCGUGGCUAAUGGAUUGGCCAGCCGGCUUGAAACUUAAUAAUGAGCUUGCGGCGUUCCUCGGUGACUUGUUCCUAUGGGUCAUUGAAAACUGGGCAGCUUGCAUUGCCAAUCUUCAACCUUACCUUCCUGCUGUCAUCUACAUUGUUGGAUGUUCAAGCUUUGCGGGAGCUAGCAUGCCCAUCGCUCUCUUCUCCGAUCUUCUUUCGAUUCUGACUGUCCACAUUUACUCCUUUUACAUUGCCUCCGCUCGUAUCUUUAACUGGCAACUCACCAUUAUCAUUUCCCUAUUCCAUCUUUUCCGUGGAAAGAAACGCAACGUUCUCCGCAAUCGAAUCGAUUCAUGUGACUACGACCUCGACCAACUCCUCCUUGGCACUAUCCUCUUCACAGUCCUAUUUUUCCUACUACCUACAGUUGUGGUGUUCUACCUGACCUUUGCCUCGGCCCGGAUGCUAAUUAUUUCAAUGAAGGCAGCGCUUGACACCUGCCUCGCAUUUUUGAAUCAUUUCCCGCUAUUCGCAUUGAUGCUCCGCGUGAAAGACUCGCGACGGCUACCAGGAGGUAUCCGCUUCAAGCUUCGGAACGAAUCAGACAAGAGCCCAACAGCAACGAACUCGUCUGCGCUGGUUUCUUACAUCCACCUCGAGGUUUGUCUCUGUUUCUGA